UUCAAUUAUGUAAUUUUAAUUUUUAAAAAUAUUUAUUUGAUAUUAUAGGCACUCGAAAAAUUGCAAAAAAUUGCACAUCAACUCUAAAAGUUACCCAAAACCUAGAUGGUCAAAUUAUGGUUCACGUUUGUUAUUCACACUAUGGACAUAAAAACGAAAUUCAACAUAUUUCUUUAUCUUAUGUUCAAAGACAAGAAAUUGCUGACAAAUUAAAAAUGGGUGUAACCAAAGAUAGAAUCUUAGAUGAUAUUAGAGAUGAAAUGGGUUAUGUUCAAUCUAGAUUAUAUUUAACUCAGCGUAAAGAUAUUAACAACUUAGAAAAAGCAUUCAACAUGAACUCUAUACAACUUCAUGCUAAUGAUCAAGACAGUGUUGCAAUUUGGCUAAAAGAAUGGCAAACGAAGGUAAAUAAUCAUAUUUUGUAAUAUAAACUACAAGGAGAGUCUGAUUCAUCUAGUGCAUUUAAAGAUGCUAACUUUAUAAUUAUAAUGCAAACAGAACAUCAAAAAAAAAUGCUGCAACAGUUUGGAAAAAAUGGAGUUUGUAUUGAUUCCACACAUGGCACAAAUGCCUUUGAUUUUUUUCUGACAACAAUAAUAGUU